AUUCAGAUAAAUGUCAAAAACUAAUGGCCGCUUUAAAAAACUUGUGACAUAACUUUCAUGUGCUAUUUUUUUACCGAAAUAAUAUAAGAAUAAAGGUCGUUUCUUCAUUACUGAACCGAUUAUAAAGCUAUUUAAAUGGCUUCGAUCGUUGUUGCAAGAUUUGUAGUCCCAGUUGCCCAUAGGACCUUACGACAAAUUCUUAGCAAACGCUCUAUUGCUAAGAUUCAUAAUUACGCCAGAACUCUACAAAUAAUCUCACCGGAGCACACUCAAAAACGAUCGUAUGCGGAAAAACAAGUGUUUGAUCGGAGCAAACCACAUUGUAAUGUUGGAACAAUUGGUCACGUAGAUCACGGCAAAACUACCUUGACUGCGGCUAUAACUAAAGUUCUGUCUGAUCAGAAAUUAGCUCAGCUAAGGAAUUAUGCUGAUAUUGAUAAUGCUCCAGAAGAAAAGGCGAGAGGUAUUACAAUUAAUGUGGCUCAUAUUGAGUAUCAAACAGAGAAAAGGCAUUAUGGACACACUGAUUGUCCUGGACAUGCGGAUUACAUUAAAAAUAUGAUUACUGGUGCGGCUCAAAUGGACGGAACUAUUUUGGUAGUGGCCGCUACGGAUGGUGUUAUGCCACAAACAAGAGAGCACUUAAUUCUAGCAAAACAAAUUGGUGUAAAGCAUAUUGUAGUGUUUAUUAAUAAAGUUGAUGCUGCCGACAAAGAAAUGGUUGAAUUAGUUGAGAUGGAAAUAAGAGAGUUAUUGACUGAAAUGGGAUUUGAAGGAGACAAAAUUGCAGUUAUUGCUGGAUCAGCUUUAUGUGCUUUGGAAGGCAAGAAUCCAGAGAUUGGUAGUGAAGCUGUUUUAAAAUUACUAGAUGCUAUUGAUAAUAAUAUUCCGACACCAAUAAGAGAACUAGAUAAGCCAUUUUUGUUGCCCAUUGAACAUGUCUAUUCAAUUCCAGGUCGUGGUACAGUUGUAACAGGUAGAUUAGAAAGAGGAGUAUUAAAGAAAGGUGCAGAUUGUGAAUUUGUUGGCUUCAGUAAAGUGUUGAAAAGUACUGUGACAGGUGUAGAAAUGUUCCACAAAAUCUUAGAAGAGGCUCAGGCAGGAGACCAACUUGGUGCUCUAGUUAGGAGUGUUAAAAGAGAUGAUAUAAAGAGAGGUAUGGUUAUGGCUAAACCUGGCACAGUGAAAGGUUAUGAUAACAUUGAAACUCAAGUAUACGUCUUAUCUAAGGAUGAAGGUGGUAGAAGCAAACCUUUCACAUCGUUCAUUCAGUUGCAAAUGUUCUGCAGAACGUGGGACUGCGCUGCACAGGUUAUCGUUCCAGACAAGGAAAUGGUUAUGCCAGGAGAAGAUUCUAGGUUAAUAUUAAAAAUGUUUAAGCCUAUGGUAUUGGAACAGGGCCAAAGAUUUACAUUACGAGACGGUUCUCAAACGUUGGGUACGGGCGUGGUUACCAAAACUCUACCUAUGCUAACAGACGAAGAACGAGACAGUCUUCUUGAGGGUAAGAAAGCCAGAGAAAAGAAAGCCGCAGCGGGAAAAAAGUAAAAUAGGACAAAUACCAAUAAAAUUAAUUUACCUCUAAAUAGAUUUAUGUUGAAAUCGUUUUUUUUUUUAUGAAAAAUGACUUAUUAAAUUGGUCAUGUUCGCUCCCAGUUCAUUGUGUUACAUUUUACUUGGUAAAAAUAUAUGCAACCUGUUAUUUAUAAUGAUUUUUUUAAUUGCUAAUUUUUUAAUUGUCUUUAAUAAAGAGAUAUCAGUUUAAAA